AUGAACCAGCCAGGAUCCUCCGCUGCGCCGCCUUUCUUCAAUAUCAUCCCCUUGAGAAUAAUUCUCCUCCUGGCUGGCAUGAGCAGCGGCUACAGGCAGCUCCACCGUCGCGAGGAGAACAGUACGAACUGGAGCGCCGAGGGCAUCUUCCACUACUACACCCAAGACGGCUCCCUGCCAGACGAUACAACGCCACACAUCGUCGCCUUCGUAGCAGACCAGCCCCCCCGGAUCGUCGGCCUUCCCACUACAAGUGCUGUGCAGGCAGCCAUCUGGCUCCCGCCCGCCCUGCCAACGCCGACUAGUACCAAACGACAGUUACAGGAGGAGGCAAUCGGGACAAAGUGUCAUUAA